UUUUCCCGUCUGUCAAACGCACCUAAAAAACCCCAGUGAACCUAAAAAUAUCUCGAAAACCCCUAAAAACCUGUGAGAAACCCUUAAAAUCCCUUGAAAAUCCCCCUAGAACCCCACGACCCCUUGAAACCUCGAAAAAUCCCCUCAUUUCCCCUACAAUCCCCUGAAUGUCCCCUCGAUAUCGAUUCCAACCUCAAAAAAAUUCCCUCAAUAAAACAAAAUCAUAAAUUCCAACCCUCCAAAAACCUCAGAAACCCUCGAACCCCUAGUAAAAUCUCCCUAGAACCCCCGCUACCCCUUAAAACCUCAAAAAAUCCCCUCAUUUCCCCUACAAUCUCCUAAAUGUCCCCUUGAUACCCAUUCCAACCUCAACAAAAUUCCCUCAAAGCCGCAAAAAAAAAAUUUCAUAAACUCCCACCCUCCAGAAACCCUGAAAACCCUAGUAAAAUCCCCCUAGAACCCCUAUUUUCCCCUGAAAACUCGAAAAAUCCCCUCUUUUCCCCUAUUAUCCCCUAAAUGUCACAUCGCCCCCUCAUUCCAACCUCAGAACAAUCCCCUCCCCCUCGAACCCCCUGAAAAAGUCGUUGAGAAUCGUUCCCAAAAUUCGAUUAAUCGACUCGAAAAAUGUUCGAGACGCCGGGCUGGUCGUCCUCUCGGGACGAGGAGAUCCACAAGGCAGCGGGUAACGUCCAGCUCCGUAAAUACGGUCAAUUCUUCUCGCGUCUCUCGCGCACCUGGUGGGAGCCCUCAUCGACCCUGGACCAUGUUCUCGAGGGCCCGAUCCGCCUGGUCUACCGCAUCACCGAGUCCGAGAGUCUCCUCUCCCUCUCGGAGAUGGAGAACAAGCACCUGUCGAAGAUCCUGGCGACGGUGGCGGGCACCUGUCGGGAGAUCCGCGCGCUCAAGUCCGAGUUCCCUGAUCUCUACUCGAAGAUCCUGUACAACUCCGAGAAAAAUCACCAGGACAACUACAGCGGCCUCUUCGGGGACCUGCAGGACCUCUCGGUCUUCUGCAACCGGAUCUCCUCGGUGAUCCACCUGGCGAUUGAGCAACUGUCGAGCCUGACGAAGACGUCCAACGAGAUCUACUUGCCCGCGAUGAUCGAGCAACUGAUAGAUCUCUUCGUCAUCCUGGUGACCCUGGACGAGGUCGUCGAGGCGCAUCAGACCCUCCAGGAGAGCUGGCGAAAGUACCGGAUCCAGGUGCGGACGGUCAUGCACAAUCCGCAGAAGUUCUCCCUACCUGAGAAUCGAUUGGUGACGUUCGACGAACUGCUGAAGGAUCUGCACGCGCAGCUGUUCACGCGGAAUUUGUUCCUCCGCGCGGUGGAGGGGGUGAUGAACAUCAGCAAGACACCGCUGAUGAACGACCACCUGUUGAGCUACCUCAGGAACAUCUUCACGGAGGUCGAGACGAAGAUCCUCUCUCCGCACCUGAUCAGUAGGAACGUCGUGCGGACGAACGUGGGGAUCGUCCUGUCGACGAAGCUCUUCGGUGUGUGCGACAAAAAGCUGCAGAAGAGAGUGGUGGAGAUCAACAAGAAGAUCUACGCAGUGGCCCUCGUGGGGAAUGUCCUGUGGGUGCCCUCGCGGUUCCUCUCGGAAACUCUGCCAAAAGAUUUCGCGAACUCGUGCGUCACGCCACAGGUGGGGGAGAAGCUCCUCGCCGCAAUGAUUCAGAAGCUUCCGCAGAAUUACGGAAGCAUCGUUCAUCGAUCCAUGAUCUGGUGCAUGGACGCGCGGAAUUUGCUGUCGGACUCGGAGUUCCAGAUUCAAGACAUUAAGAAGCAGUACAGCCUUUUGAAACAGGUGGUGGGACUCUUCCAGCAGAUCAACGAGGUCGUCUUCACGGUUACAAAUCUCCACGCGGAAUUGUCCAAGCCGAUGACCCGCGGAACGGUUCAGAUCAUUUGUCGAUUAGUCGAGAUGCAGAAGACGUUGGAGUCGACUCUUCGCAAUCUGGGGCCUAAUAUCGUCCAGGCGCAGGGACGAUCCCUCCAGUGUCUCUCCUACGAGAUCCUCUUGAUCCUGGAGUCCGCGCGGAAGGGGCUUGUUCAGAAGGAUCAAGGCUACAGCCGAGAACGGCUUGACGCGUUAUCCCUCAUGAACCUGGCGAUGAAACUGAUCGAUACCACACCGUCUUCCGACCGCAGGCUGAUCGCGCGCUGCGCGUUGACCAUCUCCCGUCAGCUGUCGGACACCUUCAAGGAUGAGGACGCGGUCAACCUCAAGCAGAAGCUAGACGACUUCGACACGAUCGCGGAUCUGGACUCCAUCAUCUCCGAGGCAUGCGACUACUCGGUCCUCAUUCACUACCAGAACAUGAUCCCCGCUUACCUGACAUCGGUCUCAGAGGGCGAUCAAGACGUCAGUCACGUUCUGCAUCUUCUCAACGCGUUUAAUUCCGCGGUUAUCAAGAUCGGACGGUCGGAGGUGACAGAGGCCAAGGUCAAAGAUCUGAAGGAGUCUCUCAUCAAGAAUAUCCUGGAGCCCGCGUGUCGGGAGAUCGAGACAAGUCUCCGUCUUCACGUGCACGCACACCUGAAACUGGACUCCGCGAACCCCUUCAAAAUCGGUGUUAAGGACGGCGGAAGGAUCGUCCGGUCAUCUCCGCUGCCGAUCGCGAGUUCUCUCAUAAGUUCCAAACGAUUUAUCGAACACUACCUCGACGACAUGUUCUACAACCUCACAACAGUGGCGCUGCACGACUGGAGGACCUACAGAACAAUGCACACCCUCGCCAAGUACAAGUUGGGCCUGGAAACCGUGCAGAAUCAUCUCCCGACGCAGACGCUCGAGCAGGGGCUCGACGCGUUAGAGAUCAUGCGGAACAUCAGCGUCUUCGUCUCGAAGUACCUCUACAACUUGAACACCCAGACUUUUGUGGAGCACACGAGCGCCAACAAGCACCUGAACACCAUCGGCAUCCGCCAUAUCGCCAACUCCAUCCGCACACACGGCACCGGAAUUAUGAGCACAACUGUAAACUUCGUCUAUCAGUUCCUCCGCGUCAAGCUCCACACGUUCUCACAAUUCCUCUUCGAUGAGCAUAUCAAGUCUCGUCUUCUACGCGACAUCAGGUUCAUCAGGUCUCAGAGAGAGCGCGACGAGGUGCCGUACACAUACGAACGCGCGGAGAAAUUCCAGAAGGGAAUCCGCAAACUGGGAAUGUCGGCGGAGGGAUUGAGCUAUCUCGAUCACUUCCGCCAACUGAUAACGCAGAUCGGAACCGCGCUAGGGUACGUCAGACUCAUCCGGUCUGGCGGGCUACACGCGUCGGCGAACGCGGUUUCUUUUCUUCCGGAGAUCAAGUCCUCCGCGCGUUUCGAAAGCGCCUGCGAGAGUCUCGAAUAUUCCGCUACAACGAAAGCUGCCGCGAAACGGUUGGACGACGACAUUGGAAAUCUCGUCCGCAAUUUCACGGAGGGAAUUCAAUACUUCAAAUUACUUGUCGACGUCUUCGCUUCCGCGUUCCGCGACCCCAAGAGUUUUCAUCUCCAGCAGUUCUACGCGAUCAUUCCUCCGCUGACCUUGAGCUUUGUUGACAAUGCCGUUGCGAAUAAAGAGAAGAUCUUCAAGAAGAAUAAGGAUGGCGCUGCAUUCACUGACGACGGUUUCGCGAUGGGCGUGGCUUACGUCAACGCACUUCUCGAUCAAGACGCGGAAUUGGACGGACUCCAGUGGUUCGAGACUGUUAAUGGGCAUUUUAAUCUGGAGAAAACGGCGGCGGAAGUGAGGGCAGAUGGAGGGGAUGAAAAACUGCAGCAGACGAAGGCUCUGACGCUCAAGCGGAUUGCGCAACGCACUGCGGAAUUUCAACUGCUUUAUUAUUCGCUCUCCGGGGCUAGGGUGUUUUUCAAACAGCCUGAGGCGUGAUUUUGGGCAUUUUAAGGGUCGAGGGGUCAUUCUGAGCAUUUUUCAUCAGUUUUUGUAAUGUUUGAAAUUCUGCGUUUUGUUAAUAAAUGAGAGUUUUGUUAGA